AUGGACCAUCAUGAUUCACCAAGCCUGGAGGACCUCUCGAUGCCUCUGAACGGAGACACAUACGAAGAAAAGGCUUUCCUGUCGCCCGUUCGAGAUUACACAGCUCGGCCGAGAAAAUGGUCGCGCUCGCAGGCCUUGCAUCUCACCCUUGACCUCUUCCUCCUGACUGUCAUCGGUCUCCUAGCUUCAUCGCUAUGGAGCGAAAAGUCUAAAGCAGUUCAACCAAGACGAAUUCUUGGCGAGGAUAUGCAUGGCUUCAUACCUAAGGUCUUGCGGAAUGGCUACGUCUUCACUAGCGGCGAUUUGCACGAAAGCUCUCAGUAUCCCCAACAUAGUGAGCUGGGCGAUGUCUUCACAGUGGCGGCACCACAUCAAGUGCAUUGUCUGGGGGCAAUCCUUGCAGACAACGGCGCUGUUAGGAACGGCCUCCCGCCAACGGCGGAUGUUGAACACAUCAUCCAUUGCUUCAACUACGUUCGACAAACACUCAUGUGCUUUGCGGACGCUACCACUGAAGGACACGGAUAUGAGGACCCGGAUGGUCCAGUCAUUGGCGUUGACCAUAUGUGCCGGGACUACCAUGCUCUUCGGAGCUGGGCUGAUGAGCCGUCAAGAGUUUUUCCAAAGAACGGCACAGUCCAGCCGUAUUAG